UGGAAGGGCCGCUCUUCUUACAGAGUCACCGUUUCGGUACUAAGCGGUGGAGGAAGACCUGGGCGGUGCUCUACCCGGCCAGCCCCCACGGCGUCGCGCGGCUGGAGUUCUUUGACCACAAGGGGUCGAGCUCCGGAGGGGGUCGAGGGGGCUCGCGCCGCCUGGAUUGUAAGGUGAUCCGCCUGGCGGAGUGCGUGAGCGUGGCCCCCGUGUCGGUGGAGAGUCCUCCGGAGCCUGGCGCCGCAGCCUUCCGCCUGGACACCGCCCAGCGCUCCCACCUGCUGGCGGCCGACGCGCCGUCCAGCGCCGCCUGGGUGCAGACGCUGUGCAGAAACGCCUUUCCGAAAGGCAGCUGGGCUCUGGCGCCCGCCGAGAACCCACCCAAUCUUUCCGCCCUGGAGAUGCUGGAGAACUCGCUGUAUAGCCCCACGUGGGAAGGAUCCCAGUUCUGGGUGACCGUGCAGAGGACUGAAGCCGCCGAGCGCUGUGGCUUGCAUGGCUCCUUUGUGCUGAGAGUGGAGGCUGAGAGGCUGACUCUCCUGACUGUGGGGGCCCAGAGCCAGAUACUGGAGCCGCUCCUUUACUGGCCCUACACUCUGUUGCGACGCUAUGGCCGCGACAAGGUCAUGUUCUCUUUUGAGGCUGGCCGCCGCUGCCCCUCCGGCCCUGGAACCUUCACCUUCCAGACAGCACAGGGAAAUGACAUCUUUCAGGCGGUUGAGACUGCUAUCCACCGGCAGAAGGCCCAAGGAAAGGCUGGCCAGGGGCAGGGUGUUCUCAGAACCGAUUCCCAUGAAGAAGUGGCAGAGGGGAAGGUGGCUUCCCACCCUGGCCCCCAGAAGCUCCCAGGCAGCCCUCCAGUGCUGUAUGCUGAACCCUUAGACUCCCUGCGUGUUCCUCCGGGCCCUUCCCAGGAUUCCCUGUACUCAGACCCCCUGGACAGCACUGCUGCUCAGGAGGGGGUACAAUUAAAGAAACCGCUCUACUGGGACUUGUAUGAGCAUGUGCAGCAGCAGUUGCUGAAAGCCAAGCUAACAGACCCCAAAGAAGACCCCAUCUAUGAUGAACCUGAGGGUCUGGCCUCAGCUGCUCUCAGGGGCCUUUAUGAUCUGCCUCAGGAGCCCAAGGAUGCAUGGUGGCGCCAGGCUCGGGUGAAGGAGGAGGGCUACGAGCUCCCCUACAACCCUGCCACUGAUGACUAUGCUGUGCCACCCCCUCGGAGCACAAAGCCCUUCCCAGCCCCCAAGCCCCAGGGCCCGGCCUUCUCUGAAUCUGGUGCUGCAGCUGGCAAUGGCAGCAAAGAUAGCUCAGACACUGCCCUGUACAGCCAGGUCCAGAAGAGUGGGGCCUCAGGGAGCUGAGACUCUGGGCUCUCUAGAGCAGCGACUGACAGGACUGGGGUCAAGUCCGAGGGCUCCACAUGAGACAUAGGGGCAAGGCUGGGGUUGCUGAUUGGAGGACCAUGGGGAGGUGGCACUGGGGGACAAAGAAACCUAUUAGAACCAGCAGUAACCAGAAGGGCCUGCGUGAGACCAGGAAACAAGGGGAGUCAAGGGAAGGAUGAUCUGUCCAAGAAGUUACGGAAGUCGAACAGUUGGCAGAGGCUCAGUGAUGAGAUAUGGGGGAGGCCAGCACCCCUAAGUCAUUCCCGCCAAAGGAAGGGAUAGCUGCUGGACCAGCCUAUGGAAAGAGGUGUUUGGUCAGAAAAGGUGCAGUUUGAAGGUCCUGAAUAGAGGCUAUAGGGAGACACUGGGCUGUGACUGGAUCCUUCCCCCUGCACUGUUGUUUGCCAGAUAUAUAUUUUUAAAAAAGUUUUAUUCUCAUUAAAGUCAGUUUGGGUUUAAGA